AUGGGGAGCCCAAGAGAAGUUGGGCAGCACAACAUUCGAUACACUAGCAAUGACGCCGCAUUAGUCAGGAACGCGAAGGGGUCCACUUUCUUAGCAGCACAAGACAAGAAGGAACAGAAAAUGGAAGAGAUAGAAGUGAAAGGAAAAAACAAAGUUCUUCUUUCGCCAAAAGAAGAGACCCCAAUUGGACCCAUAGUAUGUCUGAGAAAAGCAGACAUCAAACGCUUCGAGGAAACCGAGGAAUGUUUCAUCUUAAACUUCGACCCAUUUGAUGAGUCUCUCAAUUUCUCCAAGCUUUCCUUGGACAGCCACCAAGAUCAUGCCGCUGAUGUCUCCAUUAAUGCUGAAAAGGGUCAGGUAGCUUGCAGAGAUUACCCGCAUCCAAGGCAUCUUUGUGUUAAAUUUCCGUUUUCUACAACACCUCACGAGAGUUAUUGCGAAAUGUGUUACUGUUGUGUAUGUGAUACACCUGCUCCUUGUCUGCAAUGGAACUCAUUUUCAGUUCCUCACUGUGAUAUAGCUGAUAAGAAUGAAUACCGGUGA